AUGGAUUUGGAUGGAGAUGGGAGAAUAAGCAUCAGCGAGUACGUGGAGAUGUCUGGGAAGAUGGGCUUCAAAUUCUGCAACAAUCCGAACUUCUUCAUGGAGCUUGACAGAGACGGAGAUGGAAACCUGGAUUUCGAGGAGUUUAUGAGCUUAUACUAUCUGAUCAAGAGUGAUAGGCUGGUCUUCUGCGACGGCCAUGGAUGUGGAGCUUUUCUCAAAGGAGUCUACUUCACUUGCCUCCACUGCUUCUACCGAGAAAAGAAACAUACUUUCGAUCUCUGCUCGUCGUGCUUCAAUGGCAAGAAUUUCCGCCAUAACCAUGCAACUUUUUUGGAUAAUUUCGCCUUGCUGCGUUGCAUGGCUGUAAGCUGCACUCAUGCAAAACUAAGAGGGUACUCUCAGUUGGAGCAAUCUAGUGGUACUUCUAGACUACCCAGUCAAGGAAGCGGCUCUACAAGUUUUGAUGAGGUGAAGCAAACGGAGGAAGCAAUUUUAGCAGUUGAGUUUGCAGUUAGCGUUGCAAAAUCCAUUGUCGAGAUUAGCAAUAAUGCAUGUAGCGUGAUGUAG